UCAAUACAGAUACUCAGCUUAGCUACCUGUACCGGCUGCUUCACAAGAACUUCUGAUAGGAAGAACUGAUCACAUCUCACAAAUGAUAAUACGAUCGUCUUCGUUUAAGCCAUUCGAGACAACUUUAGUCUCUGGAUCUUUACUAUUCCGAAAAUGGUUCAGUUACACUCUACACCCAGCUGCACGAGGAGCAGAUGUUGGUCCAGAAAGAGUCAAGAAUCCAAACUCGUCCAAGAAACCCUCUCGGCAGGAAAAAAUAGACACUAUCAAUAUGGCUAUGCAAUCGAAGUUGUACAAGAUAGACAGCGAGUGCAAUGUGUUCAACGACAAGGUCAAGAAGGUCAUUGAUCUUGGCUAUGUCCCGGGAAACUGGAUGCUGUAUGCGAAAUUUCGAAUGUGCCAAAUUCACAAGCUUGAAGAAGAAGAGUUCAAGGACAAAUGUCAUAUCUUGGGUUUUGACUUGCUUUUUUCGACCCCUCCACUAGGAGUAUCCACUAUCCAGGGUAAUAUCUUCUCCAGGAUGGCUCACAAAAAUAUCGUCAAUCAUUUCAAAGAAAUCGCUCUACGCGAGCACCAUCUGAAGCUCCGAAUGAAGGUUCAGGAAAAUGACGAAUUCCAGAACUCAUAUUACGUCAAGGAACAGAACGAUGUAGUUUUGGAAGCGGAGAUAGAAGAACUUAGCAAAAGUCUUAAUUCUCUUAAACAGAAUAAAAGAGAAAAAUUACUCGAAGGCCUCGAAUAUCGAGCAGAUUUAAUCUUGUCUGAUUUGUCUAGGCCAUUCAUGCAACAGGGAGGCUUUUUCAAUCACACACAAUCUCGUCCAUACUUGCGUUUCAAUGUUAACCCAGGCUUGAACAAUCCACUUCUAGACCCCCUCAAAUCGUCCAUUGAUAUGUCGGAUGCCACACUCUUAUUGUCGUGUAACGCUUUACGACCUGACGGUACACUUGUCUUGAGAUUAUCCAAGGCAGAUCCAAAUGAUAUCCAGAUAGAAUUGUUGGAAUCAAGAUUGAGUGAAGUCUUCAAUAAAGUGAAGACUUGGACGGCUGCAGGCUCCAACGAAGUAAGUAAACACCAGGAAUUGGUGUAUGUAUGCUCUGGAAAGAAAAACGAUUCAGAGUAUGAUAUCAACAACAUAUUUCACUUCAAACUGUAG